AUGAAUCCAGUGACUUUGUUGAAUUACUUUGCUAUUAUUUUCAAAGGUGUUGGCGCAUCUGCAACGAAGGUGGCAUCGUACUUCAAGGAGACAGGGACUGCUGUUGUCUACCAUAUUGGGCAGACAGUGGAGGUAAACAGCGACCUUCUGUGCGGCUUGUCCGCCAUGCGAACCGAAUUCUACUGUGACAAGUUUUACACCGCAGUGUUCCAUAAUCAGACCUGGAUGAAUGGAUCUGAGAGUACGGUUGGCCUUGUACUUGACCGGCAGAAAAUUACUGAAGGCCUUCCGGGUGGACUGUGCAUUUGUUUUCUUCAAGUCACCAUCCUACCAAAUAUUGUAGCCUAUAUUAUCACAGUGUUUGCUGUUUUGAACCCAAAGCAGAAUAAUAAGAUGAGAGGUGUCACUCUUGCCUACAUUUUCGCCUUCAACCUCAUUUCUUUGCCUAUUGGACUAACACACUUCAUCCUGAUUAAACCAGGCCUUCCGGGUGGACUGUACAUUUGCUUUCUUCAAUUCACCAUUCUGCCAAAGAUUGUAGCUAAUACUAUUACAGUGUUUGCUGUUUUGAACCCAAAGCAGAAUAACAAGAUGAGAGGUGUCACUCUUGCCUACAUUUUCGCCUUCAAUCCCAUUUCUUUACUUAUUGGACAAACAUACUCCAUCCUGAUCAACCCAAGUAGGAAGCCAUGUGGUUCUAUCACUUCUAUUUCCACUAACCCAAUGCGUCCGCAGUGUGAAGGCGCUGCAUUUGUGGCAGCACUAAUCUGGGUACAAAGCAUUGUUGGAGCAGAAGAAGCAUAUAUGCUGGGGGUUGUAGAGCCGAUCAUCAUGAAGCUCACGUUAGCUGGUUAA